CCUACCGCUGGAACUGUAUCCACAAUCAGUGUAUCCCUCCCUGAUGGUAUCUAUUCGUAUGACGAUAUCAAUCGAAGCAUUCAGACUUCUCUUGUCAACGCUGGAGCGUAUCUCAUCGAUCCAUCUGGGAAUAAUGUAUUCUAUAUCAAGAUGAGUGCUAACAGUGUCUAUUACGCUUGCCAGCUUGAUUUCUCUCCUACCCCUACAACUCUACCAACUACUGGAGGUACAUGGACCAGACCUACCUCCGGUUUAUACUCAGCUGGCGGUACUGGAUUGCCGACUACCACUCGAGUUCCUCGAUUGAUCAUCGAUAAUGCAGAAUUUGGAAAAGUAGUUGGACUCACAGUGGGCACCUAUCCCUCUACAUCAGCUACUGUUGCAAGUGCUCAGCUAUCGAACAUCAUUCCUCAAAUUCACCCAACCAGUUCCUACAUCGUUCGUUGCGAUCUGAUUAAAAAUGAAUAUGUGGCUUCUGGUGAUAUUGUCAGCGCUUUUGAUAGAGGCGAUGCCGCUAUUGGAAAGGUCAUUUCAUACAAACCCUCCCAGUAUGCAUGGAUGAAUUGUCAUAAUGGCGCUCGAGCCAGUAUUACUCUCAGUAUCUAUAACCAAAACGAUAAAAAAGUGAUUUUUAGAGAUACGUCAGUAUCCAUCAUGCUUCUGAUUCGACCAAAAAAAUAA